GGGCGCAGGCGGCGAGGACGGCGGCCGACAAGGCCCUCCAGCGCUUCCUGCGCACCGGGGCGGCGGUCAGGCCUGGGGCCACACCCCCAUUGCUCAUCCUGACUGCUGGGACCUGUUGCUUGGAUUGGCUUCCUUGGAUACCGGGCCAGGUCUAACAGCGUCUUAUCCAGCUUGGAAGCCCCCCACUCUCGGUGUUUAUCCUGUCCAGCGCCCUUAUUUUACCAGAUACAAAGUCAUGAAGAACUGGGGAGUGAUCGGUGGGAUUGCCGCUGCUCUUGCAGCAGGAAUCUAUGUUAUUUGGGGUCCCAUUACUGAGAGGAAGAAGAGGAGAAAAGGGCUCGUGCCUGGCCUUGUCAACUUGGGGAACACCUGCUUCAUGAACUCGCUGCUGCAGGGCUUGUCCGCCUGCCCGGCAUUUGUCAAGUGGCUGGAAGAGUUCACCACCCAGUACUCCAGGGACCAGCAGGGGCCACACACACCCCAGUGCCUGUCCUUGACACUGCUGAACCUCCUGAAAGCUCUGUCCUGCCAAGAAGUCACUGAGGAUGAGGUCUUGGAUGCCAGCUGCCUGCUGGACGUCCUGCGGAUGUACCGAUGGCAGAUCUCGUCCUUCGAGGAGCAGGAUGCACAUGAGCUGUUCCAUGUCAUCACCUCAUCCCUGGAGGACGAGCAGGACCGCCAGCCUCGAGUCACCCACUUGUUUGAUGUGCAUUCCCUGGAGCAGCAGUCAGAAAUGGCUCCCAGACAAGUGACCUGCCACACGAGAGGGUCCCCUCACCCCACGACCAAUCACUGGAAGUCUCAGCACCCUUUCCACGGAAGACUCACCAGUAACAUGGUGUGCAAACACUGUGAGCACCAGAGUCCUGUCCGGUUUGACACCUUUGACAGCCUUUCCCUCAGUAUCCCAGCUGCUACUUGGGGCCACCCGCUGACACUGGACCACUGCCUUCAUCACUUCAUCUCCUCCGAGUCGGUUCGAGACGUUGUAUGUGACAACUGUACAAAGAUUGAAGCGAAGGGGACACUGAACGGGGAGAAGGUGGAGCACCAGAGGACCACCUUUGUUAAACAGUUGAAACUAGGAAAGCUGCCACAGUGCCUCUGCAUCCACCUGCAGCGGCUCAGCUGGUCCAGCCACGGCACGCCCCUGAAGCGCCAUGAGCACGUGCAGUUUAACGAAUUCCUCAUGAUGGACUUGUACAAGUACCGCCUCCUGGGACACAAACCCAGCCAGCAUGGCCCCAAAGCCACCGAGAACCCAGGGUCUGCCCUGGAAGCACAGGACACACAGGUGGCCCCGAAGCCAGGUUUGAGUCAGCCAGGGGCCCCCAAGACACAGAUCUUUAUGAAUGGCGCCUGCUCCCCGUCUUUGCUGCCAGCCCUGCCUUCCCCGAUGGCCUUCCCUCUGCCGGUGGUUCCUGACUACAGCUCCUCCACGUACCUCUUCCGCUUGAUGGCAGUUGUCGUCCACCAUGGAGACAUGCACUCUGGACACUUUGUCACCUACAGACGGUCACCACCUUCUGCCAAGAACCCUCUCUCAACCAGCAACCAGUGGCUGUGGGUUUCCGACGACACCGUCCGCAAGGCCAGCCUGCAGGAGGUCCUGGCCUCUAGUGCCUACUUGCUGUUCUACGAGCGAGUUCUGUCCAGGGUGCAGCAGCAGGGGCGGGAGUAUAGGUCUGAGGAGUGACAGGCCAGUCCAGAGCCAGGGCCCAUGGUGAGGUCCACACUCUCCAGGAUAAAAACAAAGGCAUGCCACGUGUACACGUGCAAGCCGGCCCUCUAGAGCCUCAGCCUUCUGUGUAUUCUGAGAGCAGGCUCCACAAGGAAGCUAGUCCCACACGGCACUGCCAGGGUGAACUGGAAGAUGUUCUUGUGUGUCUAGAAUGUCUUACCUGACACAGGCAAUUAAAAGAACCAGAUCCCAGAAGCCACCUUUCCUAUACUGUAAUAUGCUAGGUAUUCUCAGAGGGCCGUCUUUGGCUAACCCCUGACAUUUCACCAUAGAUCUUUAUUUUUAAUAAGGAGGCCCAUAAAUAUUAUUGACGAGAAUUAGUGAAAUUAUUAAAGGCAACAAUUCAGAAGAAAAAGUGCCUUUGUUUCCCGUUGUUCUGAGACCAAGCAUGACCUGAGAGUCAGGCAUGAUGCUGGGAUAGCCCUUGUCCUUCCAUGCUCCUCAGAGGUCAAAAGAACAGUUCAAGAAUGCCUAAAACAGCAUGGUGGCUCACACCUGGGAUCCCAGCAUGUAGAGACUGAGGCAGGAGGAUCACUGCAAGUUCCAGGUCAGCCUGGGCUCCAUCAUUACAACCUUGUCUCCUCCCCAAAGCCUCAAGAACACCUCCCCACCUUUGGGAAUGCCUUUUGUAACCUUGAGUUUCCUGUCAUCAAGGUCACUUUCCAAGCCCACAGAGGACGCAGAGGUGGCCUCUUCCUGAGCUGUCAUCUGCACUGCUGAUCCGCUACAGAAGGGGGCGCUCUGUUAUUAGUUGCCCACAGCAGGGUUUACAGGCCAGAGCCUGGCAGGGUGACCUGAAAGCUGGGCUAGGAAGAGCGGGCACUAACCCAGGGCAGCACUCUCUGGACCUCGAUUUCUCAGUGAGGAAGAAAGCAGCGUGACGUCUGAACAGAAGUGGAACAGAUGCCUCCUGCGGUGGUUAGGCUUUAGAGCCAGCCGUACUCUGUGUGUGUCUCUCCCCUUUCCAGACAUGCCUCAUGAACAGCCAGGGACAGGAAUCCUGACAGCACAGUAGUACCUGCGUGUUAGCUAAGUGUGUAAUUUUAAAAGAAUGAUACCAAAUUCAAACUGACACUUCUGGUCUAAGAUUUGGAGCCAGACCCGUCCAUCACUGAGAUGAGGCCAAGGCCAUGUUUUCUCUGCUGGGGGUUAAGCUGGCAGACAUUCCAGGUGUGCCUAGGAUCAGCUAUGAGAUCUGGUCCCACUGUGCAUCCAAGGACUCGAGACUCCGAGACUGUGCCGGGCUGGACCCCCAUGCCACAGGCUUCCGGGCUGAGAUGAACACAAAAGCAGUCAGUCAUUUGUGACCUUAGAGCACUGUGCAGGGCUGAGGGGCCCCAGAACCAGUCCUGCCGCUCCUCCUGAGGUCAGCUGGGAAAAGAGGUGGCCCGCCAAGAGGACAAGUGUGUGAAGCUGCUCAGAGGCCCCGUGUGAGCCACCUCUGUGGACGUGUCAACCUGACCAAGCUGCUCAGAGGCCCCGUGUGAGCCACUGCUGUGAACGUGUCAACCUGACCAAGCACUAAUGUCCUUCCUCAUUUUGUAAAUUAUUACAUUAGGUAAUGACCAAUGAUGGUUCCUAGUUUUAAGUUAUUCACGGUAGGUAUCUUCUUCCUGGAGAAACUUAAGUUAAGCUAGUACUUCCGCCGUAGGCUGCUGAGUGUGGAUUUGCUAAAGCCUUUGUAUCUGCUGUGUACUAUUGCAAUAAAGAUGGUUUUGUUAGCAAACA